ACACAUCCCUGCCCGCCUACUUAGCUGAACGACCCGCGGGACGUGACUUUCGACUCACAUCAUCCUGCAUUUGCCCUCGCGCUUCCUACCGUCGCCCCGGUCCCGUCUUUUUAAGCAGCUCCUCUCGCACGCUCGCUCUUCCAAUGUCCGGCAAUCCCAACGAUCACAGCGACCCGAACCGGCCGGGCCCGUACCGCAAUCCUAACGAUUAUACCGACCCUAGUCGGCAGGGCCAGUAUCCACCGCCGCCUCAAUGGAAUACUAGUCAGCCUGAACAACCGGACGAUAAUCCAGCUGCUCAAUAUCCGCCGGCCUCUCAGUACCCCUACCCUCCGGCCUCGUACCCUCCGGCCUCAUACCCCCCAGCUUCAUAUCCCCCAGCUGCAGAUCACCAAUAUCCACCCCCAACACAGUAUCCGCCGCCGUCAAACAUGGCUGCUAUGCAUCCCCAUGUCCAGCCCCCACAGGAUCCAUACCGUCUGCCACCACCUCCCGGUCCCUACCGUCCUGGAGAUGUGUACGCCCAACAGCCACCGCCGCCGCCUCAAGUAGUCUAUCAAGCUGCUGCCCCUCGUCAGCGGACUGCCAUCGCGUGUCGCUACUGUCGGAGACGAAAGAUCCGCUGCUCAGGAUUCGAAAGCUCCCAGGAUGGUCGUUGUAGCAACUGCAUUCGCUUUAACCAGGAGUGCAUGUUUACACCUGUCUCGUCCCAGGCGCAAGCCUUUGUGCCUGCCCACGCCGCAUACCCGCACCUACGGAAUGCACAGAACCAAGGACGCGGUGCGGCUCCCGGGGUCAUGCUCUACGGCGCUCAUGGUCAACCUCUUCCACCCCAGCAGCAGCCCGAAGGCACACUUCCACCACCGCAAGGAAUGUAUCAGCAUCCCUAUGGAAAUGCCCCUCCUCCCCUUGCAAAUGGAGCCCCAGAUCAUAGGCCCAUUGGUCGUCGGGGAUCAGGCUCCGGAUUCGAAUAUCCAGACCCCACCAAUCUUGCCCCGGUAACGCCUGCAUCGUCUGCAUCUGGAUAUCAGACGUAUAGUGCAACGAGCCCCUACUAUCCUCCUCCUCAACACGAUCGGCGCCCCUCUCCACAGUCUUACCCCUACGACGGUCGUCAUUCCUCGUCUCCCCACAGCUCGCCCUAUCCCCCCAUGCACUCCAACCAAGGUGCGAUGACCCCUCCCCCAACGUCCACUCCCGGUGGUUCGUCUCGCAGUGGACUCAAUGUGCGUGACAUGCUGAACCCUGGAGAAGCCCAGGGUCAAGGACAAGGGCAAGGUCAGGGCCAAGGCCAAAAUCAAGGCCAGGGUCGCUCUAGCACCGAUAGUGAUAUGCUCAAUGCAUUGAAUCGUCGGGGCUUGGGCCAAUAAUGCACGGGGAUAAAAACAGCGCUUCCGGUCGACCCGUUGCUUUUGAUCGGUAUCAGGGUGGAUUGGUGAAUUUGCGAUUGAAGGAGGUUGAAAUGCAGUAGAAGGUGGCAGGGUCGACUUCGUCGUUGGUUGAUACGCAAGGUUUGUGUGCUGGUCACACUGCAACGAG